UAUGUCCUGCACUGGCAGGUGGUCCCCACUGCGCUGGUGAUGAUCCGGUGCGGCUGCACUCUCGCUGAAGCACGACAUCAUUUGGAUUGUUAUCCUGUGAUUCAAGAUGCAAAAACUUCCUUGACCUACUAACAGUGACUAGUGGGAACCUGUCUGGCUGCAGUGAGCUGGCAGUAAAGUGCGCUAGUCAUGCCAUUGUACUAUCAUUCUGCUGGAGUGCACACGGCAUGAGCAGAUAUGACUGGUAAACAUGGGAAAUUCUGCGUGCACCUGUAAACGUUGCUGUCCGUGUUGCCCACCGAAGAAAGAAGAGCGGCCCCUCAGCCGCAAAAGAGUCUUCAGGUCGAUCUACGACUAUCCCUCACGCACAAUAUGGGAUCUAGAUCUGAAGAAAGGAGAUAUUCUGGAGGUGACAGGCGAGAAUGAGCACUGGCUGUAUGUGAGGAGACGCACAGCUAAGGCUAACGGAUCUAAAGACUUUGUGGAGGAAAAGGGAUAUGUGCCUAAAGACUUCAUCAAACCGCUGGAUAGCGUAGAGGCCGAGCCAUGGUAUUUUGAGAGUGUUAAAACACGUAUAGAGGCCAAGAGAUGUCUGCUGAGACCAGAGAACAAAGAGGGUGCGUUUCUCAUCUGGAAGUGUGAGGAGAAUAAUCAAUAUUACUUAUCAGUGAGGAACGGCCUUCAUGCACGGCAUUACAAGGUCAAGCAGGGAGAAAAUGACAAGCACUUCUUCCUUGUUCAUAACAAAACCUUUCAGACCUUGCAUGAGCUGAUAGAGUUUUACUCUAAAAAUGAGGGCAGACUCUGCGCAAAGCUUCACGAACCCUGUGUGAAGCUGGACCAGCCAGCUCCUCUGACUCUGUCAUUUGAAACCAAAUGGGAGGUAGACAGAAGCUCACUUACCAAAAUAAAGAAGCUGGGCAGCGGGGAGUUUGCGGAGGUCUGGCAGGGGCUCUGGAACAACACCACAGAGGUGGCCAUCAAAGAGUUCAGAGAUGUCAACUAUUCAAAUAUCAAAACAGAGAUUGAUAUCAUGAAAGAGCUGCAUCACGAGCGUUUGCUGAAGCUCUAUGCUGUGUGUACCAGUAGUCAACCCAUGUGUUUAGUCACAGAGCUCAUGAAAAAUGGCAGUUUGAAGAAAUUUCUCAUCAGCCACAAGGAGAAGCAAGACCUGGAGUUUUCACUCAUGAUGGAUUUUGCUGUGCAGAUUACAGAAGGAAUGAUGUACAUUGAGAAUAAAAUAGUUCACCGCGAUCUGAGAGCCGAGAACAUUCUGCUUACCGACAUGCAAUGCUGCAAAAUAGCUGAUUUUGGACUCGCUGAAAUUAAUCUCGCUGGAAGCCACAGAAUUUCAUCAGAUAUAAGGGUCCCAGUGAAAUGGAUGGCCCCUGAGAUUUUUGACAACCAGGCUUACACAAGCAAGAGCGAUGUCUGGUCUUUCGGCAUCCUUUUAACUGAAAUCGUGACAUAUGGAGAUGACCCAUACCCUGGUAUGGACAAAAUGACAUGCGUUCGGUCCAUUCAGAGAGGAGAGCGGAUGGAGAGACCGGCUGGCUGUCCUGAAGCGCUCUAUGACAUUAUGCUGCUCUGCUGGAGGUCAAACCCUGAGGAGAGACCAACAUUUACGGAGCUACGGGGAAAGCUGAUGGCUCUCAUAAAUGAACCUGAUUCUGAACUGGAGUAGAUACUGUAGAAAUGAGAGCGCUGGGACACUUUUGAGCUUAGAUUUUACAUAUCCAACACAUAUACAAUCACUUAUAGUAUACAGAGGUAACAGGACAUAUCUACUGAAUUUAAUGCAAUAUGGGUGAUUCUCAUGAAAAUGCAAAAACUGAUCAAAAGUAUUAAUUCACGGUAAUAUGCCUUUAUAAAAUUUAGAACAGCAUAAAGAUCCUAAAAAUAUAUCUAAAAUUGUAUAAUGCAAUAAUGAGAAUUUGGAGCUAAAAUGCUUUGUUGUCAUGGCCUUAAAAGGAGGCUUCAUUUUCUUUAGGCAAAAUGUAAAAAUGAAUUCAUACAUUUUGAUUUUGGCAUUACAUGUGAGGUUUCAUGAGAUUCAUCCAUAUGCAAACUGUGGCAUAAAUCUCUCAAUCAUAUGAUUACGAAAGCCUAUUACUAGUAUUGCUAAUCAGUAUUACAAAAGGUGAUUAUGAAGUUUCUUAGUUUCCAAAAGCUGUUUAAUAUUCCCUGGUAAGCAGGAAAUAUUCCAUUGUUGACUGACAUUUUUGUGAUCAAAGCUGCUGAAAUAAAAAAUGCUGGAUGUCUUGACCCCAAUGUAGAAACACCAUGUUAUGUGAAUUUUUGACAUUUGGUGAUAGCAAAGCCUUUGUAAAUGAAUGUUCAAUUUUUAACCUUUUACGUGAACUGCUAUAGAAGCAUGUAUCUUCUGUGACCUGAUAAAGAACAUAGUAAUGUAA